AUGGUUCUUGCUGUCAUCACAUCAGCAAGGAAGCUGCGUCCUUACUUCCAAUCGCACACGAUCGAAGUACUGAUGAAUCAACCACUCCGCACAGUAAUGCAGAACACUAACCAGUCCGGACGAUUAUCGAAAUGGGCUAUCGAGCUCAGCGAGAACGACAUUGUGUUCAAAAGUCAAACAUCAGCAAAAUCCCAAGUCCUCGCUGACUUCCUGAUCGAGCUCGCGCCAGAAUUGGAGCAAGAUCUAAUCCUUCCAAGUCAAAAUUGGAUACUCCACGUCGACGGAUCAUCCACAAACAAAGAAUCAGGAGCAGGAGUCCAACUGCAGUACCCAACAGGACUACGACUCGCUAAGGCAGUCAAAGCAAAAUGCCUCAGUGCAUACUGUGACUCACAACUCGUUACCAGUCAGUUUAGCGGCGACUACGAUGCUCGCAACGAACGAAUGAACGUGUACCUUAAAGUCGUUCAAACACUCGCUAAAGACUUCAAAUUCUUCAAACUCACCAAAGUCCCCAGAGGAGAGAACGUAUGCGCCGACGCCCUCGCUACCUUGGGUAGCAGGCUGCGCGAUCAGGUGAAACGGACCAUUCCCAUCCACAAAAUCGACAAACCAAGGAUCGAGCUCUCGCCUAGCGAAGUGACCGUCGUAGCACCCAUAACCGAAGCCAUCCCCAUGGACGAAGACCCCGCAGCGGAACAAACUGAAGCUGCCGACUGGAGGACAGAAUUCAUCAACUAUUUGGUCGAUAGAAAGCUACCUCCCGAGAAAUGGAUUGCGAGACGACUCAAGACACGGAGCGCGCACAACGUCGGCGUCGAUGGAGAGCUCCAUCGAUGGACCGCAACUAAAGUACUCUUGAAAUGCAUCAACGGCGAAAAAAUACAUCUUGUCAUGGCCGAAACACAUGAAGGCGCUGCAGGAAAUCACUCGGGAGGUCGAGCACUCGCUCUAAAAGUCAAAAGCCUCGGCUUUUACUGGCCAACGGUGAACGCAGAUUGCGAAGCAUACGCUCAACGAUGCGACCAAUGCCAGCGACACGCUUCAAGAAUCCAUUCCCCGACAGAGCUGCUAGGGACGAUGACGGCACCAUACCCUUUUAUGCGAUGGGGAAUGGACAUAAUCGGCCCUAUGCCAAGCUCUCGACAGAAGCGCUUCGUCCUAGUACUAACUGACUACUUCACAAAGUGGAUCGAGGCGGAAGCUUUCGCCAGCAUAACAGAAAAAUAA